AUGGCCGCUUUCUCGUCGUCCUCUGGCUCAUCUUUCACAUCAUCGUCGCUUGGACGUCCUCCUAGAUAUAGCCGUUCCUAUGUCAGCCCAGUAGACCCAGCCUGGACGCCAACGUCAGCAGUCUCGACGCUGUCGGCGCCGUCGACCGCGAGUUCAAUCGCACCCCAGAAUUCCUUUCGUCCGCUGGAUCUGGGGCCACAUGGAUAUCAAGCCACAAUAGUCCUCUUUCAAGACACUGCAGACGAACGCACAGUAUAUCUGGGGCCAUGGGAAGUAAUCGGCUCCGAACAACGUCGAGUACUGUGGCAUUGCAGCUACCAAAACGAGAUGCUCGAGCAUUUCCUGCCUGCAGACAUCCCCUCAGACCUUCACCCUCACACGCUCCACUCCCGUCACCGGCAGUAUCACGAUCGCUCCGACAUGGAACGAUAUGUCGCAUUUACAGAACCUCAUCGCGUUCGAUACGUCUCUGACGAAGGACUGUGCAUUCACGAUCAGUACAUGCAAGUCAGAUACGAGUUCACAAGCGUCGAUGGAUCCACACAAUUUCAAGGCGACUUGCGCCGCAAAGACAUGAUAGACUUUUACGACGUUGAUGUAAUAUGGACCAAUCUGCAUGGACGCACAGAUGGCUUCGGUAAAGUAAAGGGAGUCGGGGCGAUUCAACGCCUCAAGAUGUGGCGUGACCGAUAUACCACCUCCCACUCCCUCAGCUUCCUGGCCAACAAGACUAGUGGUCUGUAUCGGGAGUAUGAUGUCCAUAUAUUUGACGGCGAGUUACGUAGUAGAGAUGACAGGGCAAAUACAUUGCGGCUCAACGUUCGAAGCCGGCCCCAAAGCGCGCCAGGUGAGGCACCUCAUACCCGCUUCUCAUUUGCCCGAGGCGUGAGACCACGAUUGCGCUCAACUGCGCAUUCCCGUCAAAACAGCUCCGACUCCAAUCCUUGGACGCCGCCGUCGGUUGACAUUCGUUACCUAUCCAUUCAGUUCAGCAGCCGACAUGAUUAUCGGCGCUUCCUCGAAACCUGGCUCUAUGCUCACAGCAGCGACCGAGACUUUCAGAGUGUGCCUUUCCCGCCGAAUCACUUUGAGCUGCCGUCCGGGGAAAUGAUGGCCGGUCAAGCUGCUGAGCUAGAGUCUCCUGAUGAGCAACGCACGUCAGAACCGGUGACUGGGCCAGCGGGGUCGGAUGAGAGAGGCUGA